AUGUCCCUUCACCAGGUUCAGACUGGCUCAGGCCGACUGUCGGGGAAGGUCGCUAUAGUAACAGGUGCUGCGUCCGGCUUCGGUCGUGCUAUUACUCAACGCUUCGUCGCCGAAGGCGCGAAGGUUGUGGCUACUGACAUGAAUGGUGACGGACUGACAAAGAGUUUCCCUGACUCUCCACCCACCCACGUCCAGCUCGUAACUGCAAAUGUGACUAGCGAGUCAGACUGGAAGAAGGUGGUCGAUCUGGCAAAGGACAAGUUUGGAGGAGUUGACAUCCUCAUCAACAAUGCUGGCACCUCGUACAAGAACAAACCUACCCUCGACGUGACAGAGUCUGAAUUUGACAAGGUCUUCGCUGUCAAUGUUAAGAGUAUAUAUUUCAGCGUUCCUGCUAUAAUACCUGUCAUGCAAGAAAGAGGUGGUGGUAGCAUCGUCAACAUCGCCAGUAUAGGAGCAAUGAGACCACGGCCUGGUCUGGUUUGGUACAAUGCCAGCAAGGGCGCUGUUGCAAACGCUACCAAGGGACUCGCUGCCGAGUACGGCAAAGACAAUAUUCGAGUCAACGCCCUGUGCCCUCUCCUUUCCGCAACACCACUGUUUGAGAGCUUUGUUGGUGUCCCACCGACUGACGAGAACAUCAAGAAGUUCCUCAGCAAUGUUCCUCUUGGCAGACUUACAGAUCCCAAUGACGUCGCUGCCAUGUGCGUACACCUGGGUAGUGACGAUGGCAAAUUCAUCACAGGUAUCAACCUCGAGAUUGAUGGCGGCAGAGCUGUUGGCGCAUAG